AUGGCAGACUACGGAAAAGUCCCAGCGGGCGUCAAGUUCGACAUCAAGCCGUUUAAAGCUCACGUCGAAGAUCAAAAGAUUCAAGACUUCAAGACUCUUCUCAAGCUCUCGCCAGUCGCUCCACCGGUCUACGAGAACUCAGACAAGUCCGUCGAGAGACGCUAUGGAACUCCUCGAGACUGGCUAAUCAACGCCAAGGAGAACUGGCUGAACAGCUACGACUGGCGCAAGACCGAAGACCGCAUCAAUUCAUUCCCCAACUUCACCGCGCAGGUCAAGGACGACGUGGGCCAUGACUUGACGAUCCACUUCAUCGCGCUCUUUUCCCAGAAACCAGACGCCACGCCCCUCGCGCUCUACCACGGCUGGCCUGGCUCUUUCCUCGAGUUCCUCCAGAUCCUCGACCUGCUCAAGCAGAAGUAUUCCCCUCAGGAUCUCCCUUACCAUGUCAUUGUCCCCAGCAUCCCCGGAUACGCAUACUCCUCCGGCCCACCGCUCAACUACGACUACGCCCUCGAGAACGCCUCGGAAGCCCUGAACAACCUCAUGCUUGGCCUCGGAUUCUCCGGCUAUGUCGCUCAAGGAGGCGAUCUGGGCUCUUUCAUCUCGCGCUACCAAGCUGCGACCAACGAUGCCUGCAAGGGAAUGCAUCUCAAUUUCUCGCCUAUCCCUCGUCCCCAGAACGCAGACGAACUUCCGAUCGAGGACGUGGAGAAGCAAGCCCUCGGUCGUGGACUGUGGUUCCGAGACUACGCCACUGCGUAUGCGCAGGAACACGGCACGCGCACGGCGACGAUCGGACAUGCCUUGAGCGCGAGUCCUCUGGCGCUGCUCUCCUGGAUCGGGGAGAAGUUCCUCGAAUGGACGGACGAAGACCCGCCCCUCCAAGAAAUCCUGGACAGCGUAACACUCUACUGGAUGACCGAGACGUUCCCACGAUGCAUCUACCCCUACCGAGGAUUGUCCGGCGGCGAUGAACGACCUCGAAUCGCCAGCGCCUCCGGCCGAGGCCGCGAACGACCACACGUCAGCAAGCCUUCGGGAUACUCGUUCUUCCCCAAGGAACUGGUGCCUAUGCCUAAGAGCUGGGUGGCUCAGAGCUGUAAUCUGGUUUCGGCGAAGGUGCAUACUAGUGGUGGGCAUUUUGCGGCUAUGGAGAAGCCGAAGGAGUUGUUGGAGGAUGUUGAGGAGUAUAUCAAGACGGCGUUCAAAGGUCUGGGUGGAAAGCUUUAG